GAAAAUAGUGAGGAAUAAAGUACCCACUCAAAACCAGAACAAACCGGCCGUUAACCGGCUUCAACCAGCCUUAACAUCUGUCCUAAAAGAACCUAAGGAUGAACACUAAGAUCGUAGUAUUGUUAGUGGUAGUGCUGCUGGCAGUUUCUUUAACAGAGGCCCGACGAAGGAAAAACAAGGGCAACAAAAAUCAGGACAGAUGUAGGUACAAGAGAGACAAAAGUGCCGGGAGGCCCGAGUGUAUUAAGGGCUACAUGACCCUCACUUUGCAGUUGAAAUCAGGACCAGCUGAUUGUGCACCAACCCUCACAAAGACCAAGAGGUGCAGAAACAGAGACUGCAAAUACGAUGUGAUCAGCUCAGUAUGCAACCAAGAAACCAACAAAAUGGUUAAAACUCUGCAGCUGAAGGAAGGAGGGGAUGAAACAAAGUGUGAAAAAACCAUCACAGUGGAGAAGAGGAGGUGUAAGAACAAAGCUGACAAAGCUGCAAGAAAGGCUGCACGAAAAGAAAAGAACAAAUUAAAGAAGGCUGAGAGAAAAGCUGCCAGGAAAGCCGCCAAGGCUGAAAAGAAGGCCAGGAAACACAACAGAAGAGAAGGUACCACUACCGCAGUGAUCCAGGAGCCAACAGCAUAAGCACAAAACAAGCACAUGUGCUUGUGUGCUAUCCUGUAUGCUUCAUGCUCCCUGGUUCUUUAGAACAAACUCUAUGACUCAACAGCACCAAUGAUUCACCUACUUAAAUUUUGUUUUGUUUUUUUUUUCCUUCUCUCAGAAUGCAAGAUUGAUUACAAAAGUAACCCGCUAUUAAAAUGAUAAGAGUGCUUUUUUUAAAUGCUUUUUAAAUCUUUGAAUUUUAACAUGAUGGCCUUUAGCUAUAGCUAGUCAAGUUUAUACCAGUCGACAAAGCAUGAGGAAUGAGUUAAUUCAUCAUUUAUCUUGAGAGAAUUCAUAGUUCAUAAAGUGUUCACUGCAUUUUUUGGCAAAAUUUAUUUUGUUGUUUUUUUUUUUUACAUUAAAUUUCCCAAACAUACAUAGUCCCAUGUAAGCAUGAAUUAUACAUGUAUUUCCAUAUAAGUAUUUUACAUUGUAUAUGCAUGUAUGUUAGACUUUUCUAUGGUGUAAAGAGACAGAAUUUUUUUUUUUUAAGAAAGGCUUAUAUUUCUUUUGUUUUGAAUGUUGUUAAUUGUUGAUUUUUAUUUUCAAAAAAAAAAAUUCUAUAAAUGAAAAUGUAUAUAAAGGUAAACACAGGCCAACCUAUGAAUUGUUGGUAUGUGGUGCAUAAAUAAAUUCUUAAUCCUUUUAAUUGUACCAUUUAAAAAAUCAGUUCAAGAUUAAUUCUCUCACAGGAUAAUGUACUGAAAGAAAAGUUGUCACAAGAUUUUUGAAGAAGUACAACAGAGCUUGUACUUUAAACCAACAAUUUUAGGUCUGCCAAUAAUUUCUUUGUUGGCUGGUGAUUAGGGGCUCUGCUGUAAUUAUACUGUGAUUUUCAGAAGUGUUCUGCUGUAUUUAGUGUUAUCUUGAAAAAUUUUCUUUCUUUUAUGUCAUGUAGAAAUUUUCCACUGUUUAUGAAAUUUCCUGAGCUGUGUAACAGUACAGCCCUUAUACUUCUCAUUGUGUGUAUUGUUUUAUAUUAUCUGUGCAGUUUCUCUUUUCAUCAGUCAAUAAAGUCUCAGUAAACUUGUA